AUGGGAAGUUGUUGUUCUCAUAGUGAAAGUAGGGAAGGAAACAAUUAGGGAGGUCAUGAUUCGUAAAGGAUGCCUAGGGCUGUUGCAAGAUAAUAACCGAAUGGAAAUGUAUUAUAGGAUGUGAAUGAAUAAUAUAAAAUAUAUUUUGAUAUUUUGGAAUAACAAUUUAGUGGUAAGGGUUUGAAGAGAACAUUUGCAUACAAAAGUCAUAUUGCCAUAGCUCAGAUUGAAAAGUUGAGGAAUAUUUUUUGGGGUAAGUUAUGAAAUAUAUAAUUGAUUUAAGAAACCAGAGUGGAAGGGAGACAAGAGAUUUGGUAGAUCUUGAGAUCAAUAAUAAAUGAAGAUGAGGGUAUUGGGAUAAAAAGUAUAUUAGAAACUGCCCGUUUUCUGGUUCAGGAGGCUGAAUUGAAACCGAUAAAGGAUUCCUUACAACAUGUUUAUGAUAAAUUAGGACAAAAAUACGAUGUACCAAUAUUUUGCAUAAAUGAUCCAAUAGAAUUCUCAGCCGAGAAGUUUGAGGAUAGAGGUUUAAUUUAAAAUUAUGGUAAUGAAACCGUGAAAUUACUGAUUCGAAGCGUGAAUUUGAAUGGGAAGGAUAUGGAAGUGGAGUGUAAACAGAACCAGAGUGUGGUGGAUUUGAAGGAUGUAGUGAAUGUUGAGUUACAGAAGAGGAAUUAAAUUUAGUGUGAAUCCAUGAAACUAUUUUAUAGGGGAAAGGAGAUGCAAGAUCAGUAUCAAGUGGGAAGAUACAAUUUAAUUAAUGAAGCUAUAGUAAUUGCUCAUUUGAAAAUAUUGUCAAGAAUAUGA